AUGGGAAUAGGCGGGAGAGUGUUGGUGGUGCUGGCGGGGUUUCGACUGGCGACCCCGGGUUCGUGCAAGCGACACAGUGAGGCAUUCGGAUACGCGACGCAGGUGCGACGCCGCCGGGGCGUACGCAGCCUCAGUGUCGGACCACGGCUCUGGGCCUGCUCCCACGCCUCGCAAACGGCGCCGCCGCCGAAUUUGCCCAGCCGUCGACGGCAGCGGUUCUCAUCAUCGUCGUCAGCAGCAAGGAGCACUACGAUGCCCAUUUACGUAGAGUUGCCAGCGCGCAGCGUGUCCAACGCGACGGCGUCCUCGACGGCGGCGUCGGCGUCGUCGCCGCCAACCUCGACGUCGACGUGCAACACGACAACGACGAUCCUUCUCAACUCCUCGUCACAGAUUACCACUUCCGCCACCGGCACCCUCACCAUCUCUUCGGCCACGAUGACCGGCGACGUGAACCACGUGGCGGCCGGAACAGAUCCGAGUGACGAAGAAGACGACGAUGACGAUGACUUCCUGUCGUCACCCGAGUCAGCCUACGACGACGACGACGGGGAACUCAUGAGUUCAGCAGUUGCCAAUGACGAAGUCACUGCUCAAUUGGCCGCCGCAGGGCCAGUGGGGAUGGCUGCAGCAGCUGCGAUCGCUUCCGCCCGGAAACGGAAACGACCGCAUUACUUCGAGACCAAUCCGUCGAUUCGCAAGCGUCAGCAGACGAGGCUCAUCCGACGUCUAAAACAAACGAUCGACGAGUUCGCGACGAGAGUUGGACAACAAGCAAUUGUGCUAAUGGCGACUCCUGGGAAACCGGCCCAGAACAAUUUCCGUGUAUUCGGAGCAAAACCGCUAGAAGACGUGAUAAAGAAUUUGUCGGGUAUGAUUAUGGCGGACCUGGAGUCGGCGCUGGCGCAACACGCUCCUCCGCCGCCACUGGAAGACCCGAGUCGACACGAGUUGCCGCCACUCGUCAUCGACGGUAUCCCGACUCCCGUCGAGAAAAUGACUCAAGCGCAGCUGCGAGCCUUCAUCCCACUCAUGCUCAAAUAUAGCACUGGACGUGGGAAGCCCGGAUGGGGCAAGGAGCAAACCAGGCCACCCUGGUGGCCCAAAGAUUUACCCUGGGCCAAUGUGAGAAUGGAUGCUCGCACUGAAGACCAGAAACAGAAGGUGUCGUGGACCCACGCCUUGCGACAGAUCGUCAUCAACUGCUACAAGUUCCACGGGCGGGAAGACCUGUUGCCGGCGUUCAGCGAGGAGGACGCGGCGGCAGUGGCGGCUGCUGGCGGCGACCCCGACGACAUCGACACGGCAGCUGGGGCCCGGUGUGGCGCCGACAGCGGCGUCGACGUCGUCGUCACGCCCAAGUCCGUGUCCACGGCGUCCGCGUCCACUUCCAUGCCGUCGCCGGCGAAGCAGAUUAAACUCUCGCCCAGGGGCACCGCCACUGCCGUCGUCACGUCCAGUGUGUCGGAGGAGGCGCAGUCCAUGCACUACACGCCCACGGUGGUGCAAACGAUCUCGAACCCCGACGGCACUGUCAGCAUCAUCCAGGUCGACCCCACGAACCCCAUCAUCACGUUACCCGACGGCACGACGGCCCAAGUCCAGGGACUGAUCCCGACGUCGAUGGACGGAGCCACCGUGUCGGCCCUCACAGACGGCCAGCAGUCCAACGGCGACAACGACGGCGUCUUGUCCGCUGGCACAGUGCAGCUGUCGGGGGAUCCUUCCGAGGGCCACCACAUCAUCAUCACCGGCGAAGAUGGCCAAAGUAUGAUCACUGUUCCAGUGCCUGUAUCGAUGUACCAAACCGUGAUGGCUCAAGUGGGGCAAGUGAAUGGGCACCAACAGCUUCAGGUGGUGACACCCAUCGUGGCGACGCUGCCCAAAGUGGAGCCCCUGGAGAUGUCGAGCAGUGGCCAGAUGACCGUGAAGCGAGAGAACCUACUCGACAGCGACGGCGGGCUCCACCACCAGCACCACCAGAUCCACGUGGUAUGCUCGUCGACGGGCGACAGCUCCAGCGACGACCCGCACCAGCGCCACCAGCACCACCACCACCACCAUCACCAGCAGAUCGUGGUGCUAGCGGCUGCCGACGACGACGGACCCGACGUCAGGUACCAAGAAGAGGAGGAAGACGACGAUGGUGGCAACGAAGCUGCUGGUGUCGUGGUCACCAGUGGUACCCAAGUAUUGCAGAUUAUGCCGGCUGAUCCAGGCGAGCGAUUAGAAGAAGAAGAAUCAGAGGCGAUGGAGGCAGAAGCGAUGAACACCAUGUCGACAGCGACGACCAGUGCGUCGUCGACAUCGACAUCGUCCAACGAGUCGACGACGAUUCGACACGCAUUACGACGUCGUCGACAGCAACCCCACGACCCCGUCGUCGUCGUGUCAACUGCCACUUCCAUGUCUUGAACUUAAUCCCCAUUUUUAAAUUAUUAUUGCAAUGAAAAAAAAGAAGAAGGAACCCAGUUCCAAUCACGACUAGUCGAGAAACAUUCUUCUCUCUCCCUGUGGAAAAAGAAAUUGAGACAAUUUCCUUCUUUUUUCGACGACGAAGAAAAAAAAUUUCUGACAAAAAGAAAUGGAAGGAAAGGUUGAAUUAUUUUGCUGUCGAGAAGUUGUUUUCCGAGACGCAAACCCUACCUGCAAAAAAAUUGGCGAGAAACCGCCUCGUUGUUGUCGUGCAAUUUUACGAAACGAAAUGGACGAAAAAUAGGGAAAAGAAACCGAUCUCAUUGUUGGGACGAAAGUCCUUAUUGCUGCUGAUGCUGAAAAGCAAGCAAAACACGCAGUAUCUUUUUUUUUUUUUUUUGUGUGUUAGGUAUAUAGAGGAGCUGAAAACUGAAGCCGGUUUUAUUGCUGUUUUGUUGUGCGAAAGAAAAAAGUGGGGCAAAUUGUUGCUAGUCAAGUGUUUUUUUCAUGCCAGGAUAAGCGCGAAGAAACGUUGUGCGUACGUGUACUGGAUUUGAUGUGACAAUGGUGGCCUAUUUGUCAUGAAUAACCUAGUCUGAAGGAGAGCUUUUGCGAAUACCCUGCGGGCAUUUUCGUCUGAUCCUCUUGGAUAAUGAUAAAAACAAUCAAAAUCUUUAGUUGAAUUCUUGGUGUCAAAUAAUAAGCUGCCGAAUCCGAACGUGUUUGAUUUUCGAACUCCCACAUUUUGGAAAAAACUUCAUCUGCGAAAAUUCGUUGUAUUUACGUUUCUCUUGUUUGAAGAAGGAACAUGAUGCUUUUUAAUUUGAAGGUUAUUUUGAAAUAAUGCAGGGGAUGAAAUAUUACGAAAGGUUUCUGCUGAUGGAAAUUCAUGCGGUUGAAAACUAACCUACCAGAUUAUCGGUAAAAAAAAUUUUACAAGACAUGGUGUCAGCUUUGAAAAGUGGACGAACCAUUCAAAUUGUACCUUUUUUAAAUCUGAGAAUGAUUUAAAAUUCAGUUUAAGAAAAAUAUAGUCUCAGAAAAGCUGGAUACCUCAUAAAAAAACAUGUUAAAAAAUCAAAAUGCGAAAUUUUCAUCAAGAAUCCGUUUGCCACAACCUAACGAUUUUGCAGUCAUUCAUAAAUAUAUUUCAUCAACAAAAUAUGAGAGCUUGAAAGUACAAUAUUCUAAAACAUUUAGAACCUGAAUUUUUCUUGUUCGUUGAAAAACACCCGAUGGCCAUAUUCCAUUUUUCUAAUUUACCUGAGUUUAUUCUAAGCAUUUGAAAAAUUCACAUACAAGUUUUAUGAAAGCAAAGACAAUAAUAAGCCUGAAAUUGUGAUUGAAAUUACGUGUAGUUUUAUUUUUAUUCAACAGCCAUUGAACUGUUUGAAAAAUCCCCGCGAAUUCUUUAUCACGCUCAUGAAAAGUGAACUGAUUUUAAUUUUUUCCGUAAGUUAUGGAUUUUUCCAGGACUCGUGUUUAUUGCACCAUUGUCGAAGUUUCGGAAUUUCUUAAAAUUCGUUUCUGGGUGAAAUUGCAAAAAUAAAUCUCAGCAAAAAUGAGAAAAGAAGUGUUCUCGCCCUGGUCACUUUAGCAAUCGGAGGUUUCUGCUCCUUGACGAAAAAUCGAGAUUUUACAGCGAAUUCUGGCAAUAAUAUACGUUUGGAUCGUUUUUUUAUACGAGAACUGCUUUCAUGCGAGAAGACUGGAAAAUGUUAUGCUUUUCGGCGAGAAAAUAUUCAUAGGCAUUGUUUUCUGUUUUGUUGUUUUCUGGGUAACGAACGAGUAUAGAAAUACUGUAUGUGUUUUUUUUUUUCAAAAACUGUGUUCCGUCAUGGCAUUGGGAUUACUGCUGUGUCAUGAAAUCGGGAUUGUUUCGGGGCAUGAUGAAAUUAAAAGACGAAUAAAGUGAA